AUGUCGGAUGAAUACGACGAGGAGCAGCAAUUUAGCGAAAAAGAGGAGGGAUUUAGAGACGAUGAGAAUGACGAUGAAGAAAACCCUCGCAGUGAUAAUGAAAUCGACACUUCUGAAGAAGAAGAAGAUGACGAGGAAGAAUUAGAAAAGAUCAAGGAAGGAUUCAUCGUUGACGAUGAAGAUGAAGGAGAAGACGAUGAAGAUGACGACAUAGAAGGCGCUCGUAGAAAAAGAAGAAAGAAAAAGAGAAGACACCGAUCACGUUCUGACGAAGAAGAAGAAGAAGGUUCCCGAGGCCGCAGCAAAAUCGAUGACGACUUAGACGAAGAUGAUCUUGAUUUACUUAUGGAAAAUACAGGUCGUGUAGUUGAAAAGCCUUCUAACUCGCGCCAAUUCAAACGUUUAAAACGCGCUAACCAAGAUGAGGAUUCACGCUCGCGUGGUCUAAACGAUAUGUUUUCUGACGAGGAAGAGGGUGGAAGCAGUCACCGUCAACCUGAAAAACAGCCAUUUGCCAGUGAAUUUGAUGAUUUCAUUGAGGAGGACCAGUUUUCCGACGAAGAGCAAAUUCAAGAAGAUGAAAGCAGAAGAAGACACGUUUCCAAGCCUUCCCGAGGGCCUUCAGCUUUGGCUUCUCAAUACCAGGGUCUUGAUGAGGAUAAACUUCAAGAACUUUUUGAAGUAUUUGGUGAUGGCACUGAGUACGAAUGGGCGCUCGAAGGUGAAGAAACGUUGGAACAGGGUCUUAAUUAUAGCGAUGAGGAAGUGGAAAAAGUUGGCCCCAAUCUCAAAGAUGUUUUUGAGCCCGGUGAGCUUAGCGCAAAACUUCUUACGGAUGAAGAUAAUGCAAUCCGUGCUAAAGAUUUACCUGAGCGUUACCAAUUGAUGCGUGCCAACUUCAAGGAUGAUUACCUUCUUACAGAAUCUGAGUUUGCUGAUGAAGUUCGAUGGGUUAUUUCCAAACUUUCAUCUGAAAAAGAUUCCUUAUUUUACUCUAAGCCUUACUUACGCGAUCCAUUUCAAACAGCAGUUGAAAAAGUUUUGGAGUUUAUUUCUCGUGAGGACCUGGAAGUCCCCUUCAUAUGGCACCACCGUAAAGACUUUUUAGUAUACGCCCUACCCAAUCAGCAUGAAACCAAUGAGGAUGGCGAGGAAACUGCUGCCAGCAUGGCUAAACCAGUUACUGAAGAGCUACUUAGUCUUGAUGACUUGUGGCACAUUGUCCACUUGGACAUUGAAUAUCAUGGCAUUUACUUAAAGUCUAGGUCUGUGCAAAAGGUUUACGACAGUCUCGUCAUUUACGACUCUACCUACAGUUCUUUGUCUUCAACUGCCAGUUCGCUUGUUGAUUAUCAAGACCUUAUGGAUUACAUACAGUUCAGGUACUCUGGCAAAAUUAAGGACCAGGGCAUCGGUACUUCUACUCAAAACAAUCAUGAUGCGCUCAAAAGACGAAGCAGAUAUACUCGUUUUGAAAAGAUUCGUGAUGGCCCUGUUUACUCUCUUGUCAACUCUUUUGGCAUUAGUGCCGAAAAGGUUGGCGAAAAUAUCGCCACCUCGACUCGUCUUUACUAUGCAGAAGACAACCCCUCCUCCCCGCUGACUCUUGCUGAGCGGUGCUUUGAAAGCCACAUUGGGGAAUCAGACUUUAAUCUCUACACCACACCACAACAAGUUUUGGACGAUGCACAAGCUAUGCUUGUUGAGGAGUUUUUCCAUGAUCCUAGGAUUCGCAAAUCUCUCCGUGAGAAAUUUUGGGAAAAGGCUAAGGUGGAUAUUAUCCUCACUGACAAGGGUCGUAAGCAGAUUGACGAGGGCAGUCCUUACAAUGACAUCAAGUAUGCCAUCAACAGAUCUUUUGAGGAUCUGCGUCUCCGUCCACAAAUGUAUCUCCGCAUGCUCAAGGCUGAAAGCGAGGGGUUGGUUAUUGUUCGGAUUUCUUACCCCAGAUAUAAGGAGACUUUAUUUGAGGAGCUUUUCACCCAAUAUAUUGCUUCUGACAAUGUUUCCGACAUUUCAAAACAAUGGAACGAAGUUCGCCGUGAGAUUUUUAAGUCCACUUCUCGCAGAAUCAUACCUCACAUUUGCAACACCAUCAAGGAAGACCUACGUGUUGAGUGCACACGCUCGCUUUACUACGAAGUCAGACGGUCGUUUUCGAAAUGUUUGGACCAAGCUCCUUACCAGCCCCAUGGCUACUCUCCAGGAGCUACCCCACGUAUUCUUACUCUUUCUUGGGGUAUGGGUGAGAUUGGCAAGGAUGCCAUUCUUGCUGCUGUGCUUGAUGAGUACGGCGAGGUUUUGGAAUUUGCCAAGUUUGACGACCCCCGCAGCGAGCAAUUCAAGAGUCAGUUUAUUGACUUGGUAAACCGUCGCAUUCCAGAUGUUGUCGGUAUUGCUGGGUUCACAGUCCCAUCUAACCGCUUGUUUCAAAUUGUUGACGACAUUAUCAAGAAGGAGGAACUGACAGCUGGCUCUGACAUGGAUUCCACGGCUCCUCUUAAACUGAUUUGGGUGCAAGACGAGGUUGCUCGUAUUUACCAAAACUCUGAGCGUGCCACAACCGAGUUCCCCGACCAAGUUAAGCUCAGUCUUUACUGUAUUGGCUUGGCCAGAUAUGUCCAGUCUCCAUUAUUGGAGUAUGCAGCACUGAAGGAAAACAUUAAGGAUAUUCGGAUUCAUCCAUUCCAAGAUUUGCUUAGUGAAAGCGAUUUGGAGGAUGCGAUUGAAACAGUGUUUGUUGAUUACGUCAACAUGGUUGGUGUUGACAUUAACGAAGCUGUGCGUACACCUUAUAUCGCUAAUCUCCUUCCUUAUGUUGCUGGUCUGGGUCCAAGAAAGGCAUCUACCAUGCUUCAAGGUAUUCAAAGCCACGGUGGUAGUUUGUCUAACCGCACUGAGCUUGUCACACAUGAAAUUACAGGCAAGAUUAUUUUCAUGAACUGUUCGAGUUUCAUUCUUAUUCCAUAUGACGAGGAACGACCAGUUUCUUAUGAACUUGUUGAAGUUUUGGAUGCGACUAGAAUUCACCCGCAAGAUUAUUUAAUUGCUCGUAAGAUUGCUGCCGAUGCAUUGGAACUCGAUGAGGAGGAUAUCGAGGCUUAUGAGGGUCAGGGUGGUGUUGUUGCUUAUCUUAUCAACAACAAGGAAACUGACAAGCUUAACGAGCUGCUGUUGGAUGAGUACGCCAAGGAACUGGAGAAAGAGUUUAACCAAAAGAAGCGAGAAACUCUUGAGGUAAUUAAGGAUGAGCUGCAACACCGUUACCACGAGCUGCGAAAGCCAUUCCACAUUUUAACCGACAUGGAGGUUUUUGUCAUGUUGACACAGGAGACCAAGGACACACUCCACAAUGGUGUUGUUGUUCCGAUGAAUAUCCGCCGUGUUGGCGACCGAUUCUUAAGUGGUCAGUUGUCUUCUGGCAUUGAGGCGAAUGUGAGUUUAGCAAACAUGUUUGAUCCUGGUGAGGAAGCCCCGCAUCCUAGCACAGUGUUCAACUUUGGACAGACGGUACAGGGUGUAAUUUUGGAUAUCAGCUACACCAAGUUCACUGCAGAGUUAAGCACAGCUCCAACGGCUAUCCGAGAGAUUCAAGAGAAACGACGAACACAGAAGAAGGAUCCCAAGUACUGGAAUGUGGAGGCUGAGGAGUCGGAGAAACGCAAGAUUGCGUUGAAGAAGGAGGCCGAACAACGAGCAACACGUAUCAUCAACCACCCACUUUUCAAGCCGUUCAACGCACGACAGGCAGAAGAAUAUCUUGCUACGUUGGCGAACGGUGAUGUUGUGAUUCGCCCAUCGUCGCGAGGUUAUGACCAUAUUGCGGUGACAUGGAAGGUUGCCGACGGUAUUUUCCAGCACCUGGAUGUGCUUGAGCUGGAUAAACCAAACGACUUUUCGAUUGGAAAUACGCUGCAGGUGGGGAGCCACAAGUAUAGUGAUUUGGAUGAGCUGGUGGUAAUGCACGUGCAGUCCAUGGCACGCAAGGUGGAACAGAUGGUGAAUCACGAAAAGUUUCUCAAGAAGCCACGCCCUGAGGUCGAGGACUGGUUGCGCACGUAUACCAAGAGUAACCCGCAACGGUCCGUGUAUGCGUUCUGCUACGACCACAAGCGGCCUGGGUACUUUUUGCUCAUGUAUCAGACGGGUGCCAGCACUCCUGUACAGUCACUGGCUGUCAAGGUCAUUCCUGGCGGAUACACGCUACUCAAUAAUAGCUACCCAGGGGUGAAUGAGCUGAUUAACGGAUUCAAGACUAUCAUGAAUAACCAGAUGAGCGAUAUGUCGCGGCAUCAGCACAGAGGUGGCCCAAACAAUAGUGCAUAUGGAGGUCCGCCAGGGUACGGUAACGGAGGCGGCCGCGGGAACGGGUACGGUGCAGGCGGCCCGCCACCACCACGGUAUGGCGGGGGAGGUGGUUCACGAGACCACUACCGAGAAGGUUAUUCGCGGGAUCCACGCCAGCGCGAGCGGUAUUAUGGACGUUGA